AUGUUCGGUCAGCCUUACGAUGUCAACUACUACGCCGGAGAUUGGAUGAUGGGCCCGAAUUUGUUCUGUUGGCAGGAAAUCUGUGCACAUGGUUACGGUGUCUACAAUGGAAUAGGACGGCAUCACAAGCCGUACAACGCCGAUGAUGUAAAACUCAUAGAAAGCAAGCUGAAAACUCACAAAGCAGGAAUUCUGCAGUAUAUUGAAAACAUGAAGAUGGGUGUUCGAAGGGGAAUGAUCCGAAGUACGGAAGAGUGCUUAGCAGGUCUCAACUCGAUCAAGAGGCGAUACUUGAAUACUUCUCUUUAUAAUGAGACAGGUGAGGUGGUUUACCCUUCUUUGAGUUGUCCAUUUAUGAUAUUUAUUGGUGCACAUUUUUAGACUUUCGCUGAGAUUUCUUUGAUCGAUUCUUAUUCUGUUCAAUGAUUUCAAAACUAUUUUCCUUUUUGCCGGCGUCGUAGACGCUCUUAACCUUCUGUAUAGAGCUAUACAAAUGGUUUAGGCGAGUGCGUGGGCCGACUGCAACGCAGCCUUUUUCUUCUUUCUACUUUCUUGAGGUUAUCAGUUGGCAUGCAGCGCAUAGGACCAUUUUCACAUUUUCAGGACCAUUUUCACAAUAUCAUUUUCACCGUCACGCAACAAAAAUAAUUAACCGUCCAGUGGAAGAAGCCAAGAAAAUGAGAUGUUAUAAAAGACUAAUUUAUAAACAAUUUGUCCAAGUCUCAGGUCUUUGUGGCCCAUAGUUUCUGAGUUAUUUGCUGAAACGUUGUAUGGAGACGCCAUAUUGGUGUACCGUUUUGGUACCGCAAUAUGGCCGCCGGAAAUCAGCAAAAACAUCUGGAGUUCACUUUUUCUAUAAAAGCUCUUUCUUUUCACUCCAGAACAAGCACACGUGAGCAUAAACAUACCUUCUAAUACUUGAAAUGGUUACACUGCUGAAAAUCAAGAGGAGAGACUUGUUUUCAACGAGACAGCAUUCCUAUUUUGGUGUCACGCACUGUGAAAACUCGGAAGUUCAAAUUGCUGUUAAAAUAUAUAGAAUUAUUUACUAGCGAAUCUUUGUUUCGUUCAUUUUGCUGUUUCUAAUAAGAGUAAUCUUAAUAAUUUUCCAAAGUGGUUUGAAAGCAAGGCUGGAACUUUUGUCCGCCUUUGGGUUUUUGUUUUCUUCGUCUAUAACGUUGUAGUUGAAUGGUGAAGAACACUUGAUAGCAGCUAGAUUGUCCACUAUUGGUCUUGUUUUUUUUUCGGAAAAGUCUUUCGGUUCACGGUUUGGGUAAAUGUUACAAAUGGCAAAAUUACUGUUUAGUUCAGGACUCAACUGGACACUGUUUAACAUUUAGCCCAUUUACCGAAAACGGUCGCGAAAUCCUGAAGGUGGUAUCAAAGUUGAGAUGAGAUGUGAUAUGAUUAUGGAAACUAAAUUUUUCGGUACUUUAGCCGAAAAUUCCGAACGGGAAAACAGGACUGCUUUAAUUUUCAGUCCUUCUAUUUCUCCGCGAAAUCUUCCUCUGGAAUGAACUAAAAACCCGUGCCCCAUUGCAUAAAUCAGUCCCAGUUAAUUAAUCCUCCAUCUGUGUCCCCAAUAUCAUCAUCUUUCCUCUUCGAGAAGUUCCCCUUACCGCCAGCAGCAAUUGGUCAGCGAGAUGUUUUGCGGUUUCUUUUGACCAUUCACUAUUGGAGGCGAAACCUUUCGCUCCUGUUUUUGGAAACAGUAGAUGUAUUUGUUAUUUAGUCGAACCUCCAUUUGCAACCACCUCCCAAACCCGACCACCGAUCCAACACUCCCAAGAUUUUUCCGCUUGAAGCCUCAUGAUUGAAAACUCUCGUAAACGACCACCUCUCAUAGACGACCGUGAUCACUUCCUCUCGACUUCUUGGGGUGACGCUUUUAUAAUUUCCGUUGUUUUUAACCUCCUGUAAGCGACUACUUAAUUAACAUAUAGUCUCAUCUCUAUGAACAUUGCAUCUAGUAUCCACUACGCCUAGUCCCGCCAAACUCAAAGUGUAUGGAGAACGUUUAGUAACAGUAUGGAACUACACAUAUCGUAACAUGGAAAUUGCAUGCAUCAAAUUCUCUUCCAGAAAGAACAUGUGCCCGGGCCUCUUCUUAGAAGAGACUUCCUGUAGUUCGAUUCUCUUAAACGACCUUUUAAUCCUUGCAUUUUGGGUUCUGGUUGGCUUCUAAAGCAGCAUUCAGCCUCGUCCCCAGGCCUAUCCCACAGAAAAGUCCUGCGCCUCAGUCGCUCACUUGGGAUUGAACUCCAACAAGAAACAAGUUAUUUUGGCUGUAUGAUGAAUCCUUUUAUUUGACCAAGCUUGUUGGUUUAAAAUGGCUGGCUAUUGGCCUCGUUCGUUUUUUUUUUGUAUGGUGUUUGUAUUGACACCGACUUCUGCGCUCGUUCCACAAAAACGCAACAACAGAACAUUGUCACUAACGUCGCCCCCGAUCAAUAACGUCGCGCUUGGUCAAUAACGCAUAUCCAGAGAGGACCCUUGCGCGUAUGUAUUACCCAUUGGCUGUUGAAAACAAAAAGUUCCUUUUUUAAUCCCUUUUUGACGUGAAGAUCAGAAGAAUCGAGCACGUGUUAGAGAGAUGUUUCGCUUCUUUUGCCCUCUGUUGGAAGUGAAACUUUUGCUUCUUUUACGGGAGCAUAAGAUGUACAUUAUUCCGUCUAAGCGUGGAAGCGAUAUCUUGCACUGGCGAAGUUUCGUUUUUGUUUUUGGUGCGUUUUCAUAAGAAUGAGAAUAAGGCAAAUACUCGGUCAUGUCGGUCGGUAAAGGAUAUUUUACGACUAAUACAAGCCUGGGCCGGGUUGUGCUAAGCGGGGUAACCCAGGGUUAGUGCGAAAUUUGAAUUCAGAUAUAAAAGCUGGAGUAGAAUAAGGAAAAUAAUCCGACAAAAUGCAUUUAAACAAAACAAAAAGAAACCCGAUCAAGUUAGCGCUAAUUAGCCUUCGAACUUUUCAGCCUUUCUUUAAAGCUAAAUUGCGUCUUUAUCUGCGAUGAUCUUCUCUGCAUUUACCCCGUUAUUAGAAUUUCUUAUCUUUUGCGGGACAAACUGGGCGAGCCCCGAGAUCAAAACAGACAAGUCUGACCCUCUCGGGUAGCUUAUCAGAGCAGAGGAUUCGCUUUACAUCCUCUACAAUUGUGGGGUAGGAAGUGCGAUAUUUGCUUCUUGUCACCAUUACCCCGCGAGCAGAGGUUUCUUUCCGGCAUGGCUUUUAGCAAUCACAGUCUUUUACGUAAACAUUAACCAAAUACGCGACUGACAGCGAGGAAAAGGACUUCGGAAAUGCUAAAAGCCAAGCCGCAAAGAAAGCUCUGCUCGCGGGGCACGUCACCAUUAGCAAGGAACUGUGUCAAUUCAAUUCCACUCUCACAAUAACGGAACGAAGGUUCCACUUCAAAAAUCGAACCAUGUUCGAAGGAAUUAUUUCAGUGCCAUAUUUCACUGAACGCUGAUUGCACAAGGGCCGGACAGUGCGGCACAACCAGACUAUUUUGAGACUAUGUAUGGUAUAAGUGUAAUAUCACAGGUAGCCCAUGCUCGAAAUAUGAGCAUCGACGAGCAUCGGCAUUGUUGCGUAACAUUCAAAAUAUAAGGAUUUGUAUGGGGGAAAAACCUAUCGUGCAAGUGUCCGCUUUAUAGAGGUGUCCGUAUUAUAGAGGUAGGGAAUGUAUGAUUUUUGGCAUUUCUGGGACCAAACGAACUGUCCUUCUUAUAGAAGGGUCCAUAAGAAGAGGUUAGACUGUAUAAUUUUUGAUAUGUUAAUUUAAUCAUUUCAAGGAAAAAAUUUUGAAUUUUGUCAAUUCUAAAAGGAUUAUUUAAUAGUCCAUUUCCAAGUUCCCGGCCCCCGGGCCUCUGUUUCAAAACGAGGGUAGGUGCUCAGCCUUUGAUAUGGGAAUCAUUUUUCAUUCUCAUGCAAAUAAAACUCAUUUUCAAAAGAAAGGUUCCGCAUCUAGCCUCAUUUUGAAAGUGAGGGUUUUUGGAACACGGACGUGGCCUAUGGAAAUGGAAAGUUACAGUUUUGGAUAUAGAAAAUAGGAAUACAUUGUAAGGAGUCUCUUUUUUAUUGUGAAAAUAUUUAAUAUACAUAUGUACAUAUUAUAUGAAAAUGGAGAGAGAAUUAUUCUGAUAAAAACUCAAGAGAGAAUGAUCUACUUGAAAAACUUUAAUACCAAAAAGGCACCUAAAUAUGACUCUGCUUGAUUUGUGUGUCAGCGAAUAUGGGUCAUUGUAGAUGCAUGAAACGGUCCAGGGUUGUCUCACAAACGUCCACUUGUUUAUAUACCGGAUAGAAUGAACAUAUUAUUCGAAACUGGAUGGUUAAGUAAAGUUAACACAUUUAGGAAAUCCAGUGAAUAAUCCACCGAAAGUGGAAUCUGGGAAACAUGAAGCUGCAGAAAGUAAACCGAUCAAACUGAGUUUCCGCAUUCAUUGUUCCGGGAACUCAACGGAUAAUUGAGUAUCCUCUGAAUUUACGAGCUGCGGAAACAUGACGGCAGUUAGCGUUUCUUCAAGAGUAAACCUGACGGAAACGCGAGUAUAAGGGAUGCGUUUAAGGGUAUCGGCAGAAACUGAAACAUAACGUAGACACGCUCACAUUUUAAGUAAGGUAAGCUGACACAACACACAUUUUAAGUAACGUAAGCUGUUUUUUAUUGAAAUCCUUUAAUUUUCGUAGGUUACAGAAACGAUAGGUUUUUUCCCAUACAAAUCCUUAUAUUUUGAAUGUUACGCAACAAUGCCGAUGCUCGCCGAUGCCCCGCAUAUUUCGAGCUUGGGCUACUUGUGGUAAUAUAUGCACUAAAUUGUCGUUCACGGAAGAGAAGCUUUGGUGGAAAGUUUUCCUAGAUCUUACAUGAACAUCAACUUGAUUUACAUCAAAUCGUACAAGGCAUAGAUUGAUCCCAACCGAUCUACAGAUUUUGCUUUUGUUAUGGAAUUCUCAGGAAGCACGGAAUUUGUUAUUAACGAGGAUUCAGACACUAAGUGUGGCCGGAGUAGAAAAGAGAGAAUUAUCGCUAUCGUUCUGUUAGUCGUGGCUUUCAUCAUAUUAGUUGUGGGAGUCGUGUUGAUUGCAGUCGCGUCAACCAAAAAUGAUGCAAAAUCCGCUUCGACUUCAACAACCAUAGAACCUCAACAAAACAGCGUUCCUACAAAGGAAAGUGGAAGUAGUAGUACAGUCAGUACAAAGUCCGGUUCCACUCCAACGGUCGCCACCACGAAAUCAGCUCUCCAUACGUGUGCCUUUUCGGAAGAAGCUCAAAAUGUAGGUCUUGGUGAGUUUCUUGGUCGCGUUAAAUCAACUUACUAUAAACUCCACCCUUAUGAUGUUGUGCACGAUCCAGACGCCACUGCGGAUCGAAUUAAAAGAGAAUACGUCGCCUACGAUCCUACGCCGUCCACGAUCAAAAAUAGAACGGACACCGCUCAAGCGUUGCUGAAAGAGAUAAGGGACAAAAGCAUCAAGACAGACCUGCUGAAGCUUCGAGAGAGGAAGGCGUUGGCACAAGUAAAGCACUUUCUUCAGCAUGUGUUUGGCCAGCCCUACGAUGUCAACUACUAUGCCGGAGAUUGGAUGAUGGGCCCGAAUUUAUUCUGCUGGCAGGAAAUCUGUCAACACGGGUACGGCGUCUACAAUGGAAUAGGACGGCAUCACAAACCGUACAACGCCGAUGAUGUGAAACUUAUUGAAAGCAAGCUGAAAACUCACAAAGCAGGAUUUCUGCAGUAUAUUGAAAACAUGAAGAUGGGUGUUCGAAGGGGAAUGAUCCGAAGUACGGAAGAGUGCUUAGCAGGUCUCAACUCGAUCAAGAGGCAAUAUUUGAAUACUUCUCGUUAUAAUGAGACAGGUGAGGUGGUCGCUUUCCCCCCUUUUUUCUUGUUGACGCGCUUUUAU